AUCGAGGCUGGUCUCAGACCUGGGAGUGAAGCUGAUUUUAGCUCUUCAAGCAGCACGGGCAGUAUUUCAGCGCCUGAAGUCCGUAUGUCUGCUGCUGCAAGCAAAAGAUCUUUUUCUCGCAAACGUGGCCCUUAUGGUUGGAAUAAUGGAUCCUUAUCCUACAAGUCCGGAGCCAGCCCACCUGCUUCCCGUGAAAAGGACUCUUUGUCAACACUGUGCAAAAACCAGCUGAGUCCUCCUAACAUCCACCAGAGUUACAGGGCUUCUUCAGCCAGCAGCAGCAGCAACUCAAGCUCAUACAAGGGAAGUGACAGCAGCCCAGUGACCAGACGAUCAGGGAGAUACAAUUCUUGUGGUGACAAUCACAGCAUUAAACCACAAAAUCCAGAGCAGUAUUUGACUCCUCUGCAGCAGAAAGAAGUUACAGUACGGCAUUUGAAAACCAAGCUGAAGGAAUCUGAGAGCAAACUUAAAGAAAGGGAAACAGAAAUAGAAGAGCUCAAAGCUCAGCUGGGAAGGAUGAGGGAAGACUGGAUUGAAGAAGAGUGUAAUCGUGUGGAGGCGGAGUUGGCCCUAAAGGAAGCAAGAAGUGAAAUUAAACAGCUCAAGCAGGUUAUUGAAACCAUGAAAAGCAGCUUGUCUGAAAAAGACAAAAAAAUUGAGAAGUACUUCACAGACAUAAACAUUCAGAACAAGAAACUGGAAUCUUUACUAGAGAGCAUGGAGAUGGCUCAGAACAGCUCCACGAGGGAUGGGCAGGGCCUGGAGUACGCCUGUGACUCAGAGGGGAUGCCAAACAGCCUCCUCACAGAGGACCCAGCUCUGGAGGAGGUAGCAGAUAGCGAGCUGCUUCUAAAUGAGGACUUAGCUAACAGGACUGAUGCAUCUGAAGAGAGUUUGACCACCAGAACCUCUGAGCUGACUCAUCCAGCUGCCUCUACUCGUGCUAUGAAUAAAGAGAGGCCAGAAAAUGAGAAGGAGAAGAGCAGCAACAUGAUGAAUCGAGUACAGGCCGUCCAGACUGAUGUGGUGCCAUACAGCAUUGAUGUGGAGCAGCUCAUUCAAAACAUCUUCAGAGCUCCAGAUGCCUGUCCUCUAAGCCCACCUUCUUCACUGAAGGAAUUGGGUGAGUUUUCCCCUGGAAGCUUCAGUGAUUCUGGUAUUGUAGUGGACUUAACGCCAACUGAUCCAAACUCUGCCAUCCUUCUGUCUCCUAUGGAGUCUCCAUGCGGGAAGGCGGAGCGUGGAGUUAGUGAAAAUGGUUUCAUGAAAGAACUUGAUUUUACAGAACCUGAUGAUGAUGAACCUUGUGAAACCUUUGGGUAUGUUAAUACUUUCUCUCAGACAGGAAGAAAGACAAGCUACUGGAGCAGCAGUCUCCUCAGAGAUGUCGUGGCUCUAGCAGCCCCUGUUGUGCCCACUCUCGUAUGGGCUUUCAGUACUCAGAGGGGAGGAACAGGUCCCGUUUACAAUAUUGGCACAUUGCUUCGUGGUUGCUGCCUGGUGGCCCUGCACUCCUUACGCAGUGCACCCUUCAAUAUCAGCGCCUGA